CAAUAGCCACCUCUGUAUAAGAUGCAAGCAAAAUAAAAAUUAAACUUUUAGGUUCUCUAGAACCCUAAUGAUCUUUAAUCACCAAGUACACAAGCAUGCCGCCAUUAAAAAUCACCAAGAAACACCACAAGCACGUCAACAACCCCUUCCCCUCCCCCUCAAAAUCCCUCCCGUUGAUCCAUGGAACCCUCUCCUACAAUAGAAUUCUUCCCCAUCGCCAAGUUUACCAAAUCGGGAACGAUUUUCAGCUUCUUUGGAGCUCCAACAAUGGCGGAUAUGCGUCAAUAUCCCACAAAUCCCAGCCUGAUCGAAGCUUAUGGUCCAGCAUACCGGGGGAGGCGUUCGUCUCUGCCGCAGCUGCGAAGACCGAGGUGGAGGAGAGCAGAGGCUCUUUCGUGAUCAAUGAUGGCGAUGUCUCAUUCCUCUGUGAUCAUCAAACCAUUGAAGAAAUCAAAGCAAUUUGCAGCUCUGAAACUGAGCGGAAAUUAAAGAAUUAUUAUGAGUUUCUCCAUGGAUUACUUCAAUCAAAUGAGAAGAAUGUUCCUCACGAACCUUUGAAGAGGAUCCAAUUUCCAGCUCUAGUGAUCAGUGGUUGGAUCUCCAGCAAGAGAUCUAAAAGGUUUGCUUCCAGGAAAUUAUGGUUUUGGGGAAGAAACCCUAGCCUUCAGAGGGCUGGGAAAUCAUCUCUUGCAGUGAGGUAUUGGGUUCUUUUUCAUCAGAAGAACAGCAAUCAGGUUGGGUUCCAGGUCAAGUUCGGAGAGACGAAACAGCAGCAAAGCCUAAGAGUCUACCAGAGGUUUUCAGAAGGUUUCCAUGGUAAGAGGUGGAAGCAGGUUCGAGUUAGAAGACGACAUCGGGUCUCAUGCUUCUCCAGCCGAAGAGACUUCCUGUGUUUAUCUUCAGAUGAUGAGAAGGAAGAAGAGAGAGCUAAUGGAUUCAAAGAAUUGAACAGAGUUAUUCUAACAUAUUCGAGUGAGAGAGAUGAGAAGUUCUAUGGAUUUGGAGAACAAUUCUCCCAUAUGGAGUUUAAAGGAAGAAGAGUUCCUAUACUGGUGCAGGAGCAAGGCAUUGGGAGAGGAGAUCAGCCCAUUACAUUUGCAGCUAAUUUGGUCAGUUACAGAUCAGGUGGUGAUUGGAGCACAACUUAUGCUCCUUCACCAUUCUACAUGACAUCAAAAAUGAGAUGUCUUUACCUUGAAGGAUACGAGUACUCAAUCUUUGAUCUAACAGAACAUGAUAGAGUUCAGAUACAGGUGCAUGGAAAUUUUGUGGGUGGAAGAAUACUCAAUGGAAGUUCACCUGCAGAGUUGAUCAAACGGUACACAGAAACCAUAGGAAGGCCUCCAGAGCUACCAAGUUGGAUCAUUAAUGGCGCUGUUAUUGGCAUGCAAGGAGGUACUGAAGCCGUUCGCAGGGUUUGGGAUCAACUAAAAGAUCAUGAUGUUCCUGUGUCAGCCUUUUGGUUACAGGACUGGGUUGGCAAGAGAAAAACAAUAAUUGGGUCUCAGCUCUGGUGGAAUUGGGAGGUUGACACUACUCACUAUGCUGGUUGGGGAGAAUUAGUUGAUGAUUUUAGAGCAAACAACAUUAAAGUUAUGACUUAUUGCAACCCUUGCCUUGUUCCGGUGAGAAACGAAAAGCCAAACAAGAACAAAAAUCUCUUUGAAGAAGCAGAAGAGUUAGACAUCUUAGUGAAAGACAAAAAUGGUGCUACCUACAUGAUACCCAACACUGCUUUUGAUGUAGGAAUGUUAGACCUCUCACACCCAAAUGCAAGCAGUUGGUUCAAGAAGAUACUUCAUGAGAUGGUAGACUGUGGUAUCAGUGGCUGGAUGGCAGAUUUUGGUGAAGGCCUUCCUCUAGAUGCCAAUCUCUUCUCAGGUGAAGAUCCCAUCACUGCUCAUAACAGAUAUCCAGAAUUAUGGGCAAGAGUGAAUAGAGAGUUUGUGGAUGAGUGGAAAUCUAAGGAUGGGGGAGAUGAUGAAGAAAGGUUGGUGUUCUUUAUGAGGGCUGGCUUCAGAGAGAGCCCAAAGUGGGCAAUGCUUUUCUGGGAAGGAGACCAAAUGGUAAGCUGGCAGCACAACGAUGGAAUCAAGAGCAGUGUUACAGGCUUGCUCAGCAGUGGACUCUCAGGUUUUGCUCUAAAUCAUAGUGACAUUGGAGGAUACUGUGCAGUAAACUUACCUAUGAUAAAGUACCGACGAAGCGAAGAGCUUUUAUUGCGCUGGAUGGAGCUGAAUGCAUUCAAUACAGUCUACAGAACACAUGAAGGAAACAAGCCAGAAUCAAACUGUCAAUUCUACUCCAACAGCAAAACAUUGAGUCAUUUUUCAAGAUUUGCAAAGGUUUACAAGGCCUGGAAAUUUUAUAGAGCUCAACUAGUAAAGGAAGCUUCUCAGACUGGGUUACCAGUCGCCCGACAUCUGUUUCUUCAUUAUCCUUAUGAUGAGCACAUCCACAGCCUGACUUACCAACAGUUUCUGAUAGGAACUGAGAUAUUAGUAGUUCCUGUUUUAGAUAAGGGAAAGAAGAAAGUGAAAGCCUAUUUCCCAUUGGGCCAGGGAUGUUCUUGGAAACAUAUAUGGACCGGAAAAAUAUUUGGAAUGUCUUCAACUGAAUCAGAAAAUAAACAAGAAGGAUUUGAAAAAUGGGUGGAAGCACCUAUCGGCUACCCAGCGGUAUUCUUUAAAUCAGGCUCACCUGUAGGGGAACAAUUUAUGAAGAACUUGCAAGAUCUUGGGAUCUUAUAGCUCUCGACCUGAACUAUG